GGAAGCAAGCAAAGCGAGGCCAUGGCAUGCCAACCCCCAGAGCCAAACCCAACAAAGGAGAAAGGUGGUGGGAGUCAACCACAUAGCGUGAGUCUUACCCGCCCCAACCGCCGAAAGCUAUCCGACGCGGCCUUUACUCCUCACGCCAGCCAGCCAGCCAGCCCACGCUACAACUACAAAGAGCCGGCUCACGCCCUCCCGUGCUGGUGUCCCCUGCACACACACACACACUCCACACAACAAUCUAGUCUCCUGAUCUUGUCUCUCAAUCCCGUAGAUCACUUCCAGAGUAGCUAGCUAGCCACCUGCCCGGAUUAGCCAUGUCCUGCUUCGCCGUGCACACCUCCUCGUCGUCGAGGAUAAGCGGCAGCAGGCAGCCGUGGCGGUGGUGGCGCAAGUGCGCUGGCCUCGCCGCCGCCGCGCACACCAAGCUCCGCCGCACCGUCCUACGCGUCCGGUGGUCGGCCACGGGGCGGCUCGGCGGCCACCGUCGGCGCGCGCCGGCGCCGCCCCUGCCGUCCGUGCAGCGCGGGGACCACAUGAGCUUCGCGCCGGUCUACGUGGACGAGCUCUACAGCCAGCCCAAGGGCCUCAGCGUCGUGCACGAGGAGCAGCCCAGCACCAGCAAACCCUCACGUCCAGCCGGCGGUGCGAACAAGGCUCGCGUGCAUGGCGUCGCCGCUGCUACCGGUGCACGUGGGGCGGCUGUGGCCGCCAAGAGCCUCGGCGUGAGGGGCUUCUUGCUGAGCCCGGGCAGAGGAGGCGUCGGGAUGGGGGAGGUGGACUUGAGGGCCGAGAUGUUCAUCAGGAACUUCAGGGAGGAGAUGAGGCUGCAGAGCCAGAGGUCGGCCGAGGAACUCCAGGCCAUGCUUGCAAGAGGCCUGUGACAACCAUCAUGCUAAAAUAACCGAUCCCCUCAUGGAUGUAGUUAAUUAGCCACGAGGAUGCGUUAGAUUAGCUAUAGCUUGGUUUGGUUUGCGGCUUGAUAAAUGUUUGGUUUCGAUUGGGAGCUUGGCUUUCGUCUUGUAUAUAGGAUUGUAGAGCUUGGUUUUCGUCUUGUAUGUAUGUAGGGUUGUAGCAUUCGUUGAUCGCAUGGAAGUACGUGUACUGUUGGUAUUCAUUACAAUAUCAAAAGAUGAGAACAAAAAAAUUGUGUAA